AUGAAAGGCGCACCUGUGGGAUCGAAUGGACGUUCACAUCCAUCUAGUUGGAUACAGACAUAUUUGUUCACGCAAUGGUUCCAGCAUUUUAUUGACUAUGUGAAACCAUCUGCUGCGUCACCAGUUCUUCUCUUGUUCGAUGGUCACUUUAGUCAUACAAAAAACCUGGAGCUCAUAGAUAAAGCGAGACAAAAUCACGUAACCUUGGUUUCUCUGCCACCACACUGCACACAUAAAAUUCAGCCCAUGGAUAAGUCCUUCAUGGGUCCCCUUAAGACCUAUUAUAGCGAGGAAAUUCGGGUGUGGUUGCGCGAAAAUAAUAGACCCCUUACAGCUUAUGAUAUUGUAGAGUUAUUUGGUAAAGCAUAUCGUAAAUGCCAGACUGGAGAAAUUGCAGCUAGAGGCUUCAGUAUCGGGGGAAUUUAUCCAUUUAAUAGAUACGUCUUCACAGAUUCAGACUAUGUCGCAGCAGCUCAUGAUGAAAAAGAAAACCGCCCAGGCCCUUCUCAUAGUGGCUCCGUUACCACACCGUUUGAUAUUUCGCCUAUUCCCACAACUAGGAAACGCACAUCUAAUAGAGGUCGCAAAUCGGGAAAAUCUGAAAUUAUUUCAAAUUCACCUUAUAAAAACGAACUGGAGGAAGCAGAAAAGAGAAGGAUUGAAAGGCAGAACAAACUAACUAAAAAUGAAGAUCAGGAUAAACAUGUAGUUCAAGGAAAGGGCAAAGAGAACAGCAAGGGCAAGGGAAAAGGAGUAAAUAAAGGGAAAGAGCAAGAAAAAGAAAAGGAAAAGAGAAAAGGUAAAGAAAUUGAUGAAAAAGAGAAACGUGAGGGUAAGACUGCUGCUAAAAGAAUGAUAUUACAAGAAGAGUUUACGGACUCUGAUAGUGAUGCUACAUUCAAGUCGGACGAGUCAGAAGAGGAAUUACCCAAGGAAGAUCAGGUGAAACAACCAACAGAAGAUGAUUGCACUUGUUUCUUUUGCGAUGGAAAAUAUGCAGAUGAUCGAAGGGGAGAGGAAUGGGUCCAAUGUCUCAUGUGCGAAGGGUGGGUGCAUAGCGAAUGCGCUGGCUAUGACCACGGUUACUAUGUGUGCGAUUUUUGCAAAGGAUAG